AUGCAUCGCUACUGGCUCCCCGCAUUUUUGAUGAUUGUCUGGUGUCUCAAGGUGGCAUUGUUGAAAAUCGAUGCCGAAAUUGCUGCCACCUCCGCACCAGGACCCGUCCCCAGCAUUGUCAAUACAACUAAUCUAGAUGCGGCCAAGGCGCCUUCCUCUGGCUCGGCCAGGUUCAGGGCUGAACUCGAAACCCAGGCAUUGUCCGUCAUUUGCUUUCUCUCUCGCCCUCUAAUGGCCGACACGCAGAGACAGAUGUAUCUCUUGUCCAAGCCCAAGUUUCUGCAUUCGCACCUCAAAGUUCGAAACCGUAACGAGUUCGAGUUAUCCAUCAGCAACCACAACUGCGCCUUCAUCAGCAUGCCAUUCACCGCCGCCGACACCUUUACGUCAGCCAAGGAUACAGAUAACUACGAUAUUGAACAUAGUCAUAAUGACCAUGUCAGCGGUGAAGCGGGACCAUCCCGCGCCUUGGGGAUUGACCAGACGCGCGACAUCACCGAGGCGGAGCAUGAGUUGGGCUUUUGGCAAGCCGUCAAGAUGUAUCCCCAGGCCACUUUCUGGUCCAUGUUCUUCUGUAUCGCCGUCGUCAUGGCUGGCUUCGAUGCCCAAAUUAUUACCUCCUUUUACGCCCUGCCUGCAUUCCAGCACAAGUACGGCGAUUGGGUUGGGAAUCAUUAUGAGAUUGCCGCGCCCUGGCAGACGGGUCUGGGCAUGGGCAAUCCCAUCGGCCAAGCCGUCGGCGCGCUUGCGAGUAGUUAUCCACUGCAAUAUUUCGGGAGGCGCAAAACGCUUGGCCUCUGCUGCAUCUGGUCCAUGGGCUUUGUCUUCGUCCAGUUCUUCGCCACGUCUAUUGGCAUGCUUUGCGCAGGAGAGGUCCUCGGGGGGCUUGCCUACGGAUUUUAUGUCGUCAUCGCGCCUACAUAUGCCUCUGAAAUAUGCCCCGUGACUCUCAGAGGCUUUCUCACAACCUCUGUGAAUCUGGCUUUCGUCAUCGGGCAGUUCAUCGCCCAAGGUUGUGCAGCUGGGGUGGAGACAAGGCUGGAUGAAUGGGCGUACAAGAUCCCCUUUGCUAUUCAAUGGGUAUGGCCUGUUGUGCUGCUAGCUGGGCUUCCCUUUGCCCCAGAAAGUCCAUACUGGCUCGUCCGCCGCGGGAGAAGGGAGGAUGCUCGCAAGGCGCUGCUAAAACUCACAUCUAGCACGCAUCGUCCAGAUAUUGACAAGCUUCUGGUUGGAAUAGAGCAAACUGAUUUACUGGAACAGGAAUACGAAACCGAAACCACCUAUUACGACUGCUUCAAAGGGUUCAAGCUAGGCCGGAGAACUAUUUACACUUCGGGAAUGGCAGUCAUGACCGUUCUCCUCUUUGUGAUUGGCUUCCUGAGCAUACCGAAGCAUAACACCGGUGCUAUAUGGGUCAUGGCAUCAUUAAUGGAUAUCUGGACGUUUGUGUACCAAAUGACCGUUGGGCCGAUUUGCUUCGUCGUCAUUUCAGAGAUCUCUGCGACUCGGUUGCGCGAGCGCACCAUAGCCAUUGCGACAGCUGUGCAAGCAUGCGCCAGCAUUGUUUUCACAGAUGCCAUGCCCUAUAUGCUCAAUUCCAAUGAAGCAAAUUGGGGAGGGAAGGCCGGGUUCCUUUUCGGAGCCAUCAGCAUCGUCUGCCUGGUUUGGUGCUACUUUCGCCUACCAGAAAGCCGAAACAGAACCUACGAAGAAUUGGACAUUCUCUUUCAGCGACGCAUUCCGGCUCGCCAAUUCAAGAAUUAUGAUCCGUUGGCGGAAGCAGAUGCGACUCUGGAUAGCACCGAGCGCUUGUAA